GUAGCGGGCAUCAGCUGAUCCAGCCGGGCAGUCUUGCCUCCCGGUGGGCGGCUAGCGGGAUCGGGAAUCCGCGAUCGGGGAGCGGGAGCCAGGAACGGCUCGGUCUAUGGGAGAGCGGGAGGCAGAGAGGCGGCCCGGCCGUGCGGAGCCAAGAUGGGGGCGGCCCGGGCCCCUCCUGCUCCUCCCCACCCUGUUCCUGCUGCUGGGGGGAAACCCCGGCUGGGGGCUGCGGGGCCUCGGGGUUGAGGACGCCGGCCAGGUGCAGCCCCUCGUGACCCUGGAGCAGCUCCUGUGGGUGAGCGGGAAGCAGAUCGGCUCCGUCGACACCUUCCGCAUCCCGCUGAUCGCCGCCACCCCCCGCGGGACCCUCCUGGCCUUCGCCGAGGCCCGGAAGAUGUCCGCGUCCGACGCGGGGGCCAAGUUCAUCGCCUCGCGACGCUCGGUGGACGGAGGCUCCACGUGGUCGCCCACCGCCUUCAUCGUGGACGACGGGGAGGCGCCCGACGGGCUGAACCUGGGCGCCGUGGUGUCGGACGAGGACACGGGCGUCGUCUUCCUCUUCUUCUCCCUGUGCGCCCACCAGGCCGGCUGCCCCGUCUCCUCCACCAUGCUCAUCUGGAGCAAGGAUGACGGGGUCAGCUGGAGCGCCCCGCGCAACCUGUCCCUGGAAAUCGGCACCGAGACCUUCGCCCCGGGGCCCGGCUCCGGCAUCCAGAAGCGGCACGAGCCGCAGCGGGGCCGCCUGAUCGUGUGUGGCCACGGCACCCUGGACCGCGACGGCGUCUUCUGCCUCCUCAGCGACGACCACGGGGCCUCCUGGCGGUACGGCGCCUCCCUCCGCGGCCUCCCCUUCGGCCAGCCCAAGCACGACCACGACUUCAACCCGGACGAGUGCCAGCCCUACGAGCUGCCCGACGGCUCGGUGGUGAUCAACGCUCGGAACCAGAACAACUACCACUGCCGCUGCCGCAUCAUCCUGCGCAGCUACGAUGCCUGCGAAACCCUGCGGCCCCGGGACGUGACCUUCGACUCCGAGCUGGUGGACCCCGUGGUGGCCGCCGGGGCCGUGGCCACCCGGUCCGGCCUGGUCUUCUUCUCCAACCCGGCCCACCCCAAGCAGCGGGUGAACCUGACCCUGCGCUGGAGCCUCAGCAAUGAUUCCUCAUGGGGGAAGGAGACGGUCCAGCUGUGGCCCGGCCCCAGCGGCUACUCCUCCCUGGCCACCGUGGAGGCCGCCAACUCACAGGGAAACUGGGCCUCCCAGCUCUACGUCCUGUACGAGAAAGGGCGCAGCCACUACACGGAGGCCAUCUCUCUGGUGAAGGUCAGCGUCUACGGGACCUUGUGAGAAUGGCCGAGGGGGGAGGACUGGAUGCCCCGCUCCCCCCCCUCUGCCCCCUAACACCUUGAGACUCAACCCUCCACCGAGGGUCCUUUGCACAGGCCGCUCCGGUUAAGACGGCCCUUCCUUCCCUUCCCCCCCCCCCCCCCCCAGAAAACCCUUCCCUCUGGCUGCUCUAUAGAUGGUUUUUCUUCCCCGAAACCCAUUUGAUGGAUCACGUGUACAUGAAUCUGUUCCUACAUCAAGUCCCUCCUCAGGGCCUAAAAUGGCCCCUUCCUGCUGCUGGCUCUACCCCACCUUCCUUCGGGUAGGGGGAGCCUCUUUACCAGUAAAUUGGAUCUGUGCAGGGGGAGGCUGCCUUCUCUGCCAUUCCCUCCCUCCACUUCAGGUUAUCAUAACCUCUUGUAGGUGUGGUCUCAACCCCUGCCCUGCAGGAGGCUCAGGUGGGGGCAUAGGGAGGGGCCCGGUGGCCCCGUGGUAUUUAUUUUGCUGAGUUCUACUGCCCCAACCCUUCCCACCUUUAACCCCAGUUCCAAGAAUCAUUAAGGUAAGAAUC